AUGGUAGUGCAAGGCAUUCUGUUUGUGUCGUACUCUUCCAGAGGCCAUCAACUGGUGUUCAUGUAUCCUGCAAGCGCAUCGUCUGCUGCCAGUCAGAGUGAGCAAACUGGCAUACGCUCUCGCCAUCGGAAUGGCCAUGAAGAUGACAGCAACUCUGGCUCACCGCCUAUAGAAAUCCUAGGCUCUCGUCAUGGCAUUCAUGGUGUUCCUGUUGAUCAUUGCAUUCAAGAGUAUCGACAUAGUAAACCUCGUAGCUUUCUAGGCAAACAGCGUCCUGCUACCAUGCAUACCAGUGAAUCCACUAAUGGAUCCACUAAUGGACUCACUAGUGGACUCACCACAGACAGCAGAAUGAGCUUUCAGCUGCCAUCAGGCUUGAAUCAUCAGUACAAUGGCUCACAAACCCCAUCAAACUCUUCUGCUGGAAAGACUUUGGCAAGUCGUGGCCAUGCUAAUACCAUUCCAAGUGGGAUUUCUUUGGCUGGUACAAACGCUGUCUCGACUGCAACCAGCAGCGUAUCUGGAACACAUUUGGACUUUCGAUCUGCUCAAUCCUCCACUUUAGUCAUGACUGCUGCAACAUUAUCUAAAAAACAAACUCAUUCAAGACAUGGUUCUCAUGGACCUCCAGAGCCUAAAAAUAAGUUUUUGGGCUUGGAUUGUGAGUUUCUUUCAGAUAUUCUAUCUCCAAAAGUGGCUCUUUGCGACAAGCAAUUCCACUUGACAGUGGACAAUGUUGAUUUUGUCGGUCAUCCUACACUACUGAAUGCAGAUCGUCCAGGUACUGGCCUUCGAUUUGCGCGCAUGGUUCAAAAAAGAAAGUUAAUUGCAAGUGCAACGAGUUAUCGUCAGUCUUUGGGUGAAAUCGACUCGUCUUCUACUUUUACUGCUGCUGUUUCGGAUCCAUCCAGUAGCUGUGUUUCCGAGGAUAAACCAUCUGCUAAUGCAUUUUCUUCAAAGUUGCCUUCGCCUGUUGAUCAUCACCAUCACCAACUCACCAUGUUCAAUCUAGUGUUUGCACUUCAGCCAGAUGGUCGUGGAACCAGUCACCAUUCAAAAGAAGUUAAAAAUAUCUACGAUCACGUUGUUGUCAAAGUUACGACUGCAUUAAAAUAUGAACAGUUGCGUCGUGGCUACAUUCGUACUGAAACUGAGCUUAUUCUUGCCAUCAAUGAUCGGUAUCAAGUUCAAAAUGGUGGUGCGGGAGAUCCUCUUGAACUUCAAUCGCAAAUUCUUAAAUCAAGCAGUCUUGCAAGAUGUCUUGCUCAUAUUUACCAUGCUGUUCAUGGUCAAUUGCCAUCGUUUUUAGAAGUAAACGGAUCUGUAAGUUUGGCGUUGCGAAUGUGUGGUAUUAUUGAAACCCAAAACACGUAUCCAGGUUCAAGUAGUAGCACUAUAGAUUCCUAUUAUGCUAGUAAUUCUACCAUCUCUAUUCCAUUAGAGAUCUCUAGUGCUUAUUUUAACCAUCCUACAUUGCGACCCUAUCAAGCACUGUUGCUACUUUCAGAUGCUGAAGAAAUUUUAAACACAUUGCCUGUUGACGCAUCUCCAUUACUUGUAGAAUUAAUUCAAAUAGUAACACCUACUUUAUCGUUUGAAGAACUGCAAACUACACUGAGCUGCUCACUUUCUCAGAUAUACCGUCUUGCCGCUCAUCUGUAUGUAUGGUCUAAAGCAAAAAUUAUUCAUGUAGUCAGCAAUCGAAACGUGUAUAUUGUUUCUCCUCAAGCUCAACUUUCAGAACUUCCAAAGCUAUCCACCGAGUUUUCAUCUCGGUUUCCACAAAUGGAGCUCGUACGCAUUUUGCAAGACCUGUCAAUUCCACGACCAUAUUCUGCAAUUGCCCAUUCUAAAGAAAAUCGCAAUUUGUAUUUAGAAAUUAUUACAUUUUUGCUCAGAAAAAACCUUGUUGUUCAACUGCACAUGUAUAUAUACUUGUCGGUUCCAGCACGUUUAUUGGCAAAAACUCCGUCACCAGAAAAUGGGAAUGUACCAUGGAAUCCUGUCAGUGAUCAUCCGUCUAUUUUUACAGAUCCUGGAAAUUUAAGCGAGCAGGAAGCUAGUUGGAUCGCUACCAUUGCAAAUUCACAGCCGCCGCCUCUUGCAGCACUAUUUACAAGGUAG